AUGGCGACUGUUUCUAUCAGUGCCCCCGGAUUAAGCAAUGGACUGCUUUAUAAUAAUGGCAACAAUAAUGCGCGCGUUUGCAUCACCUCUGAGACCAACGAAUUCGACAACCAAACUAUCCAAGAUUGGCAGGAGGAAGGGUUCGACGUCGUCUAUUUACCUUUGAAUGGUGGAGGGAAGGAGUACGAAAGCCAACUGAAGACUGUGAAGGAGGGACUGGGCGUAGGAGAGAAUUACGCAGUGAUUGCAUUUGGAGAAGCAGCCAGCUACUGUCUGGAAUACUACAGCAAGUCAUUCAACUGUAGCCGGCUUUGUGGUCUAAUCGCAUACUACCCGACCGUUAUCCCUGAUACUCGAACGAGCUUCGCCCUCUCUCUGCCUGUUUUGGUCCACCUGGCGGGCAAAACGAUCGAUGUCCUCGCACAACCACAAGCAUUGGGAUUACAAGGGAAGAGGCGCCGCAAGACGAGACCAAUUCAACCUGGACUAGGUACUGGGGAGCGCAUGAGACUUGCCUAUCCAGCAUUCACUUACGAAUAUGCGGAGCCUGGGUUUGCCGAACAUGACAUGGAGGAGUAUAACAAUCUCGCAGCGAAUAUUGCCUGGACUCGGAGUGUCAAGGUUUUGAGAAAGGGGUUUUCUCGAGACGUGGAUCUCGAAAGGCGCUGGGACGACCAUCAGGAAGCGAAAUUCUUCAGAUCAAAUUUGUCCAAAACGUUGGAGGGAUACGUCCAGAGCAAAGUGCCUUCCGUGACAUAUACCUCGACUUUAUCCGGCGGAAUUGGAAAUCAAGCCCUGCGCCGUUUCUACGGACAGUUCUUUCUGGGCAAGCUACCUCCCUCGAUGCAUAUCAGUCUUGUAUCGCGAACAACCGGAGCCGACCGCAUUGUCGACGAACUCUACAUUUCCUUCGAACACACAAACGAAAUUCCAUGGAUGCUUCCCGGCGUAGCACCGACCAACAAGAACGUUGAAAUAAUGUUAGUGAGCAUUGUUAGCUUGCGGGGAGGACGUCUUUACUCGGAACAUGUCUAUUGGGACCAGGCAAGUGUGCUCGUUCAAGUCGGACUUCUCGACCCAAAGCUCGCACCCAAUAAUCCCCAUGGAAUCGAUCGUCUUCCUGUUGUUGGUCGAGAUGCAGCCCGCCGCAUCCUUCAUGAAGAUACCGAACUGGAGCAAGAGGAUUAUCACAAUCGAUUGAUUCGUCGGGCACACGCGCGCGCCCGCAAGGCUCGAAGCUCCAAGUCAUCACAGGCCCCGGAUGAAUCUGGGGCUGAAGGGAAGAGUGAGGUGGGAUUUUCCUUACCUGUGAGGAACAAGGGUAAGGCUGUGCAAGAGGAAAAGCCUGAGCCCGAGCCCGAGCCAGAGUCGCAGCGUACUGCGACAGAUAUCACUGAUCACAUGGAUGAUGAUGAUGACGAUGGUGCUGCUACUGAGACUGAAUCGACUGCUCAAUCGAAGGAGGAAAACGGUAGUCACAAGGCAUUUGUGGAAGAUGGGGAUGAAGGGGAUGAGAAUGGAAAUGGACAGUCAUAA